GAGAUUGAAACCACUGCAUAUGUAUUGUUGAUCAAUCUAUCUGUGAAUGGAUUUAGAGCUCUGCUCCAAUCAUGGAGCAUUUAUGGAAGUACUCAGUCCACUCUCUUACGAAUACUUGUGGAUUGUAACGCGACGAGCAUGCCGCUAAUGCUUUGACACUUGGCCAACAGAGGGAACAUCAUCUGAUCUUUCGUAAGUACAAUUAUGUGAGUUUCUUCGAGGUAAGAUUUCUUUGCUGAAAAUUGGACGGACUCAACAUUGAACUCGUGUCAUACUCUAUUUGUUUCUCCUUUAUCCUUCAGGUCCCUUUGAAAUCGAGCCACAAACACCAUACCAGACUUGAGCCUCACUCUAUCCUCGAUUCACAAUGUCCUCCCCAAAACGUCCCAAUUUCCUCGUGAUUGUCGCCGAUGACUUAGGGUUUUCGGAUCUCUCGUGUUUUGGAGGGGAGAUCAACACUCCAAACAUCGACAAAAUAGCACAGGCCGGAAUCCGCUUUACAGAUUUCCAUGCUGCAGCCGCGUGUUCUCCAUCACGAGCAAUGAUAAUGACAGGUACCGAUCAUCAUAUUGCCGGUCUCGGAAACUUAAUCGAGUGGACCAAUAUCUCCGGGCAAAACGACCCGAGUGGGAAGAUGUCGACGGCACCGCAGAGAGGUAUGCCAGGGUAUGAAGGGUACUUGAAUGAGAAGGUUGCUACAUUACCGGAAAUUUUGAGAGAUGAUGGAUAUUUGACUUUGAUGGCUGGAAAAUGGCAUCUCGGGCUAACCCCCGAGCGUUCACCAAAAGCCCGUGGAUUUGAGCGAAGUUUUGCUCAUCUCCCCGCUUGCAGUAAUCACUAUGGCUAUGAACCUCAACUUCAUGCUCCCGAUCAAAUCCCUGAGUUUAUGACGAUGAGUUUCAUAGCACUCCAUAGUGAGGAUGGUGAAUAUGUCAAGAAGUUACCCGAGGAUUGGUACUCAAGUAAUGGGUAUGGAGACAAGAUGCUCAAAUAUUUGAAAGAGAAAGAUGAGAAGAAAGAUGAGAGACCUUUCUUUGGCUACUUCCCUUUCACGGCUCCUCAUUGGCCAUUACAAGCUCCGCCAGAAUUUGUGGCAAAGUAUAAAGGAGUAUAUGAUGCUGGACCCGAUGCGCUUCGUUUGCAGCGCCUUCAACGGCUCAAAGAUCUCGGACUGAUAUCACCAGAUGUGGAGCCCCAUCCAGUUGUUGCAGAUGAAGUGAAAGAAUGGAACGAUCUCACUGCAGAAGAAAAAGCAAAGUCGUGUAAAGCAAUGGAAGUAUUCGCUGCGAUGGUUGAAUGUAUCGACUAUAACGUUGGACGCGUGGUCAAGUAUCUAGAGGAAACUGGAGAACUGGAUAAUACCUUCAUAUGUUUCAUGUCAGACAACGGUGCUGAAGGCGCUGCUUAUGAAGCUUAUCCUAUUGUCCAAGGAAGCAUGAUCCAACACUUACAGAAAUACUAUAACAAUAGUUUAGAGAAUCUCGGGAACGGAGAUAGUUUCAUCUGGUAUGGACCUCGCUGGGCACAAGCUGCUACUGCACCUAGUCGUCUUUACAAAGCCUAUACCACCGAAGGGGGCGUCAGGAUUCCCUUCGUUGCUCAAUUCCCCUCAAAUUUCAAUACCCAUACUUCCAAUAGUAUAACGCACAAUUUCGCCACCGUAAUGGACCUCGCGCCCACUAUCCUCGAAAUGGCCGGAACCCAGCACCCGGCACCCACAUAUCAAGGACGAGAAAUCGUACCUAUGCGUGGUAAAUCCAUGCUACCCUUUAUAUCUGGCACAUCCCCUCGCAUCCAUGCCGAAGAAUUUAUCUCCGGCUGGGAAACCUGCGGCCGAGCUGCUCUGCGCAAAGGAUCUUGGAAAAUCGUAUUUAUACCCAAGCCCAAGGGAACCGAAAAAUGGCAAUUAUAUGAUCUUUCUGUUGAUCCUGGAGAAAUACAUGAUUUAGCUGAUGCACAGCCGGAGAAAUUGAAAGAGUUGAUCAAACUUUGGGAUGAAUAUGUAUUGGAAACGGGAGUUGUACCGCUUGCGCCUGAGCUGGGAAAUUGGUUAAAGGCGACGGAGGAACAGAUGCCGGAAAACGUGUGGAUGGAGUAUGAGUAUUGGAAAGAUGGAGCGAGGGAUGAACCAGAAAAGUUUAGGAGGGAUGUACCGAGGUUUGAGAGGGUUAUAACUGGGUUUUAAAGGAGGGGUUUGGAGGGAGAAAGCUGGGAGGUGUGUGAACAUCAUUUAUCUCGAAGAUUUAUUCUCAGAGUUAACACAAAACCUUUAUAAGUACCUUCUAUUUGCUUAUGACCUUACCAGGUAUUGUGAAACCCAUCCGAAGUAAGAUACCAGAGCUAGUGCUUUAUAACAAGAAGAAACAUGAAUAUAUUGAAAACAGUCA